AUGUCACAAGUUACACCUUUCUCACCAGCCAAUAGAAAAGUGGUGCAAUCACUAUACCAUCGCUCCUUAAAAUUGGCAUUUAAUUGGAUCAAUAGAAGAGAUCUAUAUAGACAAAAAGCUGUUGAAAUUAGAGCUCAAUUCGAUUUACAUAAAGAUGUUUCUGAUCCAAAAGAAUUGAGACGUCUAAUUGACAAGACUGAAUCAUUGCUUGAAAAAUAUAAACAUCCAGAUCCUUUUAUUCCUCCACAAAGAGCUGGUGGUACCAAAUUUGAAAGAAAUACACCUCCAUGUCUUGAUGAACCAUAUCCUGCUCGUUAUUAG